AUGCGACAAGGAGUGAGCAGCAGUGAAUGCAAGAGCCCCACCUUCUGCCGGACAGACAAACUGCCCAAAACCAUUUAUGGAAAAUCCGAGACAAGUGAGAGCGCUCGCAUCUCCACACACGCCGGAGACCGAAACGCGACCGCCGUUCAUUCCACCACCGCCCGCAACGAGGGCAACGGGAGAAGCCCGAGGGACAGCCCCAGCUCCUCGUGGAGCAGGAGCCGAGCCGACCCGUCUGCGUUUCACCCUGACGUGGGCCUCGUGUUUCGGAAGCCCCUCUCCAGAACGGCCCUCACCAGCGACAGCGGCUGUCCCCAGCGAUUAGAAGGUCGUGCAAGGGCACUGGGCUCCCCACUCCCGCACCGCGACCGCGCCCCAACCCUUCCCGCGGCCCAUGGCCAGCGGGGCGCGGCAUGGCCGGCCCCGCCAGGCCCCAGCUGGACGGCCUCCCCCCGUCCGGGCCCCACCGCCCCCAGGAGCCGCCCGUCGCCGCAUCCCGGUCCCCACCGCUCCCCCGCCCCGCCCUACCGGCCCUGUUCGCUCUCCCUCCGCGCUGCGGUGACAACGCCGCCGGGAUCCGCCCAGCCGCCCGCGCACCCCCGCACUUCCGGGACACGCCCGUCACUUCCCGUUAUACAGGACCCAGCCUCGCACCUCACUUCCGGCCGCGGCCUAGAGCGCUGA